GCUGUCUUCAUUCUCAAACAUUUCUGGAAGCCAUAAAGCUCAAACCUCUCAACUCCGUUGAUUCGCCACCCAUGCGCAUCACCUUUUUUCAUUGUCGAGAUACCCACCAGAACUUGUGAAUCAAUUACCUUGGCAAUUAUCAACCACCAGGAUCGCUUACGCCAACAUCCAUAAUCAUAUUCCGAGGAAGAGUUCCGAAUCAGACAUGAUGUCGAAGCGUGACACAAUACGGAAGGUGGAAGAGGACACGCUGGCCCCGAAUCAUCUCCCAUCCUACGAGACAGCGAUAUACGAGGGACUACACCAACAUAGAGACAGUGUCAGAAAUGAUGGCAGAGUUGACGUGAAACUCGAUUCUCGCCUGGCGAAGACGCUUUCUCAAUUCAUCCCCGACUACACCGACAUACCCCAACUUGCGCAAGCCGCAGCAGCCCAAGGCCCUCCCCCAGAAUACGUCGAGGCAGCAGAACGCUAUGCCGAAUCAAAGACCUUUCCCGUCAAGCUCAAUAUCGUCAUCCAAGUCGUCGGAAGCCGAGGAGACGUCCAGCCUUUCAUUGCCCUUGGUAAUGAGCUCCAAACCUACGGCCACCGCGUCCGCCUAGCUACACACGACGUCUUCGAAGACUUUGUGCACAAGUCCAACCUCGAGUUUUAUCCCAUUGGCGGCGACCCCUCCGAGUUAAUGGCAUACAUGGUCAAGAACCCGGGUCUUAUUCCUAACCUGAAAAGCUUGAAGGGCGGCGACAUUCAGAAAAAGCGCAAAAUGGUAAAAGAGAUGCUUGAAGGAUGUUGGAGGUCAUGCAUCGAGCCCGAUCCGCAAACAGGAAAGCCUUUUGUGGCUGAUGCGAUUAUUGCGAAUCCGCCAAGUUUUGCGCAUGUCCAUUGCGCCCAGGCUUUAGGUGUGCCACUGCACCUCAUGUUUACCAUGCCCUGGAGCAGCACGAGGGCGUUUCCUCAUCCACUGGCCAACCUCAAGUUUGGAGAUGAUGGAGUUGUCGAUCGGAUGACAGCAAAUUUUGUUUCAUACAGCAUUGUUGAGUGGCUAACAUGGCAAGGAUUGGGAGAUGUCAUCAACGACUGGCGGAGAACAAUCGAUCUUGAGGAAGUACCAUUCUCAGAAGGUCCUGUACUUGCGGAGUCUCAGAAGAUUCCCUUCACAUACUGCUGGUCUCCAGCGCUGGUGCCCAAACCAAUUGAUUGGCCCGCAUACAUCGAUGUCUGCGGUUUCUUUUUCCGACAACCCCCCCAGUACACACCAUCGCCUGAGCUGGCAAAUUUCCUCAAGAACGGACCGACUCCCAUUUACAUCGGCUUUGGAAGUAUUGUUAUCGACAACCCAGACGAAAUGACCACGAUCCUCAUCGAAGCCGUUCGAUCCGCUGGGGCCCGCGCUAUCAUAUCCAAGGGAUGGAGCAACCUUGGAGGUGUGGAAUCUGAUGAUGUGUUAUUCAUUGGAGACUGCCCUCACGAGUGGAUAUUUGCCAACGUCGCUGCUGUUUUCCACCACGGUGGUGCCGGAACGACUGCGUGUGGGCUACGGUACGGAAGACCGACAACUAUUGUGCCCUUCUUUGGAGAUCAACCUUUUUGGGGUGACAUGGUUGCGCUCGCAGGUGCGGGACCAAAACCAAUCCCACACAAGCAGCUUAAUGUUCAGAACUUGGCUGAUGCCAUCCGUUUCUGCCUGACUCCGGAAGCUGCUGCCGCAGCUAGAGAAGUAGCAGCCAGGAUGGAAACAGAAAACGGUGUUGCUACGGCAGCCAAGUCAUUCCACGCCAACUUACCCCUUGAAAUCUUACAGUGUGAUAUCCUGCCCGAUCAGCCUGCAGUAUGGCAGUUCAGAAGGGGCAAGGUGCACAUCAAAUUGUCAAAGCAAGCUGCAGGUCUCUUACUUAAUCACCUCAAGAUUGGCCAAAAGAGCAUGUCCCUACACGAAACAAGAACAUACAUCAUAGAGAACCGCCGGUGGGAUCCUGUGACGGGCAUUGUUUCAUCCGCAAUGAGCGCAGGAAUGGGCAUGGCUAGAGGAGCUACGGAUAUUGUCGUCAAACCGAUCCAGGUCUACCACCAACAAUCCAAGAUGAAAUCAGCUGAUAUAGAUGAUGUCAUGAGAAGUAGCACCAGCAGCAAUCUCCAGACGCCAUCCCAGUUACUGAGUCUUGCGCCGGCGCACCCCGAUACCUUCGAACGACGAAAAAGUCCUGGCAGGGGCUGUGGAAGCACAACAGGGGCAGCAAUGAAGGCAUCAGCGUCCGGUCUUGGCACCUUUUUCAAAGCAUAUGGCAAAUCCUAUCUCGAUGUGCCAAUGGCGAUUACAGAAGGACUACGUGCAACACCAAAGCUUUAUGGUGAUAAGGUUGAAGACCGUGCUCCCAUUACGGACUGGAAGUCCGGCGCAAUGGUUGGCGGGAAGAACUUUGUCAUAGGUAUUGGUGAAGGAUUCGCUGAUUUGUUUUACCAACCCUACAAAGGGGGUCGAGAUGGAGGUGCGGCUGGUGCGGCAUUAGGCGCUGGCAAGGGUGUGUUGAACAUGGUUACUAAGACGGCAUCUGGAGCGCUCGGAAUCUUCGCAUACCCGGCCCAGGGAGUUUACCAAAGCAUCAGAACAGCUGUCAAGUCCAAAACUCGGCAUAGCAUCGCCGCUGCCCGACAGGCUGAGGGCGAGUAUCUUGCUUGCAACACUUCAAUCAAUAUUGAAACAGUACUGCAGAGGUUUGAUGAGACUUGCCGCGUCAAUGAGACGGGCAAGAUCUGGGAACGGAACUUUUUUUGAUUUUAGGAGGAAUGAGCCGCACAAAUAUAUACAGCAAACUUCUUGUAAGAUGCGGAUAUUUCUUCAUUAAGCUUGCAGGGUUUUCAUAAAAGGUUGUAACAAUAGACUGCUUCAAAUCCAUGUGUUAUGAAUUUCGAGCUUGCAGCGCUAGAUAUGUUAUCAUUGUUGGCACUAGACCAUGG